AUGUCCAACGUAUUAUUUGACGAUAUUUUCUCCGUUUCAGAAGUGGAUCCAGGUCGUUACAACAAAGUUUCUCGUAUUGAAGCAACUUCCACUACUCAAGACCAAUGUAAGAUUACUCUCGACAUAAACACAGACCUUUUCCCAGUACAACCACAAGAACAAUUAACAAUAACAAUUGCUUCUUCAUUAUCAUUUGAUGAUGAUUCAGAAAACAAAAACCAAUCAGUUACAAAGAGUUGGAGACCACCUCAACCAAAUGAAAGAUCGUUGGCUGAUGAUUACGAUUACGUUAUGCACGGUGUCGCUUACAAAUUUGAAGAAGUCUCUAAGGAAUUGAUUGCUGUGUAUAUCUCUUUCGGUGGGUUAUUGAUGAGAUUGGAAGGGAAUUAUAGAACUUUGAAUAACUUGAAACAAGAAAACGCUUACUUAUUAAUCCGUCGUUAA